AUCAAUCAGGCUCACAUAUCCUAGACGCCCGACGGCCAUUCUCGCGCGCAAAGCAACUGACGGCCGUUGGAAUUCUCUCGCCGGCACGGACGUUUUCGGAUUUUCCUAGCACGAGCCGGCGUUGACCUGAUCACUGCAAACAGUAACGUGUGCUGCACUCUAAGCAGACCUACUUAGCCUGCGUCCGGCGUGCCAGGUUCUCGAUUGCAAUUUAACAGGCACUAGGUAGCUGGUCGUGCCCGUGCAUCCAUCCAUGUCGAGCCCCGCCGCGGGGAGCGGCGGCCCGUUCACGCGGCGGCAGGAGCAGGAGUACAGCUUCAGCGGCCGCGUCCUGCUCACGGCGGUCGUCAUCCUCGCCAUCCUCACCGUCUUCUUCGUCCUCGUCCGGCUCCUCCUCUACCAGUUCGUGGCGCGCGGCCGGGGCGGCCUCACCGCGGGCAUCCGCCGUUCCUUCGGCUCCUUGGGCAGGAGCGCCCGCCGCGGGCUCGACGCGUCCGCGCUCGCCGCGCUGCCGGUCACCGCGUACCGCCGCAAGCCGCAGCAGGCGGACGACGGCGGCGGGUCCGCCUCGGCGGCCUCCACCAGCGCCGACGGGGCGACUGAGUGCGCCGUGUGCCUGUCGGAGCUCGCGGACGGCGAGAAGGUGCGCGCGCUGCCGAGCUGCGGGCACGUCUUCCACGUCGAGUGCGUCGACGCGUGGCUGCGAUCCAGGACCACGUGCCCGGUGUGCCGAGCGGAGGUGCGGCCCAACCCUGACGCGCGGCCGCCGGCUCCAGCGUUGUUCGGUGCGGGGGGCACGUUGGUCGUCACCGUGGAAGGCGGCGGCGCGGAGACCCGUGCUGGGCUCCGCGGUCAACGGGCCGGUGCCGUAGUAGGGUAGGUAGCCAAAAGCGACAUUGUCAUCUAUGACUGCUUCUUACGAAUCAGUAAUUGUAAAUGUAAUUAGAAUUGCGUACUACUA